CAGCUGCGAAAACACAGUAGCCUUCAUGGGAACACAGCAGAGGAGUCUUUCAGAUUGAUCAGCAGGUCUGGGUGGAAACUGGAGCUUUCACAUAUAUUACCAGCAUCUCUGUGAGUGUGUGCGCUUAAAGCAGACGGAUAUCUUUCGACAAGAAGACCUGGAAUAUAUCUGCUGCUCUGGGAAUCUGUCUUCUGGGCAAACAUUUUAAAUACAAGAAUUGAAGGAGCCACGAGGGCUAUUUCAAAUCAAGCAAGAAGCCAAAAAACAUGGGGACCUGCCCCACCAGAAGUCAAUCCAACUUGACAACCUUUGAAAAUCCACCUGAGCCUGUAUCACCAGCCUCCCAGGAAAACAUGAUUGUGUCCCUCUGCAACUACCCGUCCUUUGGUCACACAGAGCUGUCCAUGCUCAUGGGGGAAAGACUCUCCAUCGUAUCAGAUGAUGGCGAUUUCAUGAUGGUGAGAUCCACCACCACAAACCGCGAGAGCUACGUUCCCACCAACUACACAGCCAAGGUGACACACAACUGGCUGUUUGCAGGCAUCAGCAGGUACAAAGCAGUGGAGCUGCUCAUGCAGCCAAAUAACCCGACUGGAGCCUUUAUGAUCCGAGAGUCAGAGACAAACAGAGAUUGUUACUCACUGUCAGUCCUGAGGAGAACCAACACGUCGUACCAGGACAGUGUGAAACACUACCGCAUCUCUCGCCUCCAAAACACCUGGGUAUACAUAUCUCCAGGACUCACCUUCCCCUCCCUGCAUCACCUGGUGCAACACUACUCAGAGUCAGCAGAUGGAUUGUGCUGUCGGCUGACAAUGCCUUGCUUCAUCCACGGUUCAGACAACGCCAGAGAAACGGCGAGGCCUAUACCGACGGCUAUCAGGAGGCCUACUAUCAACUGGAAGGACAUAAGCAGGUCUGUCAUCUUCAAGAGGAAGAGAACGGAGUCAGACCACUCUCUGGUGAGCGAGGGGCUGAGGGAGGCCAUCAGCUCCUACCUCCAAAUGACAGAAGGCAACGAUCUCAGCUGGGACACUUGAGACUUGAGGAAAGACAGUUCAGUGUGGAGAGGAAGAAGCCUGACAGAGUGCAGCGAGAUCAGUGAGAUACUGCCCUGUCUCACCUGCUGUGCGGGUGAGACAGUGGGACAGUGGGUGACCUCAAUGAAAAGGUCGUCCACAUGCCCCGGUGUGGUCUUAAAAGAACGCCCUGGGGUAGCAGGAGGGCUGAGACACUACAAUGUCUUAUGUGGCGACAUACUGUAGAAUAUGUCAGUGGGCGGACUGCUUUUUUUUGUGUCCAAAGAGGCACACAGUGGAGAUGUGAGCAGAAAAUUGAGAGCCAGUGAAGCAUUUUUGAUUUGUUCUUGCUGUGGUAUCAAAACUUUACUUGCUGUGAAUGUUUCUUAAAUUAUAAACUAAUUACAUGUGCACGCAGGUUGAAUGUAAUGUGAACUAUAUUGCAGUGUGUGUGUGUUUUUCUUUAAAUUAUGUUUAUGUUAUUGGAAUCCAAUA